AUGCCCGAUGCCGUCGCGCAGAAUACGUCGGCCUUGCCCUCCAUGGCGACCAUCAAAGAACGCUCUCCCAUAACGCGCUCGACGCCGCCGACAUGGAACUCCAAGGACAUCGGUCUGCGACUUGGCGUCGAUGUCGCCAGUGCAAUGACAGCAGGCGCGCUGACCUGUCCGCUGAUUACCAUUAUUGAUCGAGCAAUCAUUGAAAAGGCUUCCAAAGGAUUCCCCAUCCGCCAGACCAUAACCAGCUGUUUCCGAUCCAUGCUCAGCCGCCCCAGCGGCUUCUUCCUCAGCACGCCUUUCCUCCUCAUCUACACCCUGUAUACAUCCACCUACCUAACCGCCAACACAAUCGACACCGUAACCUCCACCCUACGCAACCAGCGCUACUCCACUGUCACACCGGGGCCGGCCAAAUUCAUCUCCACGACGGCUGUCAACAUGGGGAUAUGUAUGUACAAAGACGCGCGCUUCGCCAAGAUCUUUGGCGCAUCGUCCUCCCCGGCUCCUCUAUCGGGUAUAUACACCCAGCCGAGUUCCGCGCUGAGGAGUCCGCCAUUAUCCCUCUCCCAUCAAGGACCCGCGCAGGCAACACCCGCAGUACCCACAAUCCCCAAGAUCUCUUAUUCAUUAUUCUGCCUCCGCGACAGCGUCACAAUCUUCGCCUCUUUCAACGUCCCCGCCCUCAUUGCCCCCUCAAUACCAGACUUCGUCGCCUCAACCCCCAACAUGAAAGCCGCGAUUGCACAGUUCGCCUGUCCCGCGCUGAUGCAGUUCGCCAGCACGCCUAUGCAUCUCCUCGGCUUGGAUCUGUAUAACAGACAGCCGGCUGGUGGGCUACCCUGGACGGAUCGCAUGGCAAGGAUUCGCAGGGACUAUGUGCCUAGCUGCUUUGCGCGCAUGGGAAAGAUUGUUCCGGCUUAUGGUAUUGGCGGUGUGGUCAAUGUUAGAAUGAGGGCGUCCUUGAUGCAGUGGCUUGAAAGGAGGUGA